AUGGAACGGCUAGUGUCACUAUGGGCUCGGCCAGCAGUCGGCAUACGCACUGCAAAUGCAAUCAAGACGGCUGGCAUGUCAAGAUGCCGGAUACCGACUCGAGGUUUUGCUAGUCAAACUCCGUUGCGGCAGCAAACGGCUCCAGCCAGCCCGCGGAACUUGAGAUGGGAUAGCAAGAAUACAUCUACAAUGUACUAUACAAUUAGCAUCAUUGUCGGAACUCUUGCAGUCGCAUAUGGCUCUGUGCCUAUGUAUAAAAUGAUAUGCCAACAAACCGGUUGGAAUGGCCAACCUGUCUCAACACAUCUCACAAACACCGAUACCGGCUCCCGCGUCACUCCCGUCACAGACUCUCGCCGUCUUCGAAUAACAUUCAAUGCUUCCGUAUCUGAUGUUUUACCCUGGAAAUUCACUCCCCAGCAGCGAGAAGUGCGGGUUCUUCCAGGAGAAACGGCAUUGGCCUUUUAUACCGCUUCGAAUAAAGGUGACCAGGAUAUCAUCGGCGUCGCAACGUACAGUGUGACUCCAGCUCAGGUUUCGCCAUAUUUCAGCAAGAUUCAAUGCUUCUGCUUUGAGGAACAGAGACUGAAUGCUGGAGAAACCGUUGAUAUGCCCGUCUUCUUCUUCAUCGAUCCAGAUUUCGCCAAGGAUCCUGCCAUGAGAGGAAUUGACACAAUUACACUAUCAUAUACCUUCUUUAAAGCUCGAUAUGACAAAGAUGGUGUUUUAAGGCCUACACCCUAG